AGGCGGCGGAGAGAGCGAGAGAGAGAGAUGGCUUCGUGGGCGAUUGCGCUGGCGCUGGCGAUGCUGUUUCCAGCAGCUGUGCUCGCAGGCGAUGAUCGAUCGCCCCCGGAUUGCACAGCGCAGGUGUCGGAGCUGGAGCCCUGCCUGGAAUUUGUCAAGGGCGAGGAGCGAUCGCCCUCGGCGGAUUGCUGCAGCGGUCUCCAGCAAAUCCACGCCACCAAGCCCGAGUGCCUGUGCUUGCUCGUCUCCUCCAGCCUGGGAAUCGCCGCGGUGGUGCCUGGAAUCAAUGCCACACUCGCUCAGCAAGUUCCCGGGAUUUGCAAUGUUCACGUCAAUCCAUCGCGCUGCUCUGCUCUGCUCUCUGGAUCAUCUGGCACCGCUUCUUCGCCCAAUUCCGGAGCGUCGCCGGAAGGGUUUAUGGGAUCCUCCUCCAGCGUCGGCGAAUCGAGCUCCAAGGCAUUCUUUGUUUUUGCGUUCUCUACUCCUUUUUCUGUGCUCUUCUUCUUCCUCGCAUGAGCCCUAAUAAAAGCGUUUGCCCUAAUUCCAGAAAAUGGCGCGAGCGA